UUGAAAUUAAGAGGAUAUAUUUAUUAGGUUAAUAAUAAAAUGGAAGAAUAUGUGGAACAGAUGAAGAGUGUAUUGAGAUCAGAAGAGUAUGUUUUGGGGGUGUAUUUGGUUAAUUUGGUGGGUAUUUAUGGAGUUAUUAUUUGGAGAAUGAUUGUGGCGGAUAUCCCCUCGCUUCCCUUACACCUAUUCCUCAUCUUCUACUCCCUUUACCUCACGACCACACUCCUCAUCUACCUCCUCCUGGUCUUCUCCGACUUCAGCUUCGAGGACUCCUCUCAUUACGAGUCCAAGUGCCUGGGCUGGUCUUACCUGCUAGGCGCAUCUAUGUUCCUCUUCUUCGUUGCCUUCCUCGUAUGGCUCGUUUCUCGCUCUGUGAAGAAGGCGAUGGAAUCUGAGUGGUGUAUGCUUCUGUGCUGGCAGCCGGUGUACUGAAUGAUAUGAGGACUUGUACUGUGGCUGGGGCUGGCUUGGGGAUUGUUUGUGGGGUUGGUCGUUGUGUAUGAGGGGAAUAAGGAUGUAGGGUUUUGGGUGGGGAUGGGAGUGAUGGGGGUGUGAGGAGGGUUUUUAUGUGCGAUGUUUUUGAAGACGAGGGAAGAGGUGUUUGUGAAGGGGAGAGUUCAGUAUUUUCACCCUUGCACUUGGAUUUUUGUUACUGGAGGGGUUUUACUAAUUCCCUUCUACUUGCUCUUCCUCUGUUGCAAAGGUAACUCUUCAGAAUGCGAAAGCGCAAAGGAGUCAGGAAGAAACCAACCAAAUGAGACGUUUGAUGAGCUGAGGAGAAAGAGAACAAACAAGAUGUCGGAUAUAUAUAGAGUAUAA